AUGGCCGCCGUGCAACCUACUGUCCACAAUGUUGGCAUCAUCAUGAACGGCGUCACGGGCCGCAUGGGUACAAACCAGCAUCUGAUUCGCUCCAUCUGCGCCAUCCGCAAAGAGGGUGGCAUCAAGCUCUCCGAUGGGUCUGUCAUCAUGCCCGACCCAGUCCUCGUCGGACGCAACGCGCUCAAGCUGCAGGAGCUCUGCAACAGCCACAGCAUCGCGAAGUUCUCGACCGACCUCGACGCAUGCCUAGACGACGAGAACAACAUCAUAUACUUUGACGCCCAAACCACCGGCCGCCGCGCCGACGCUGUCAAAAAGGCCAUCGCCAAGGGCAAGCACAUCUAUUGCGAGAAGCCGACGGCCGUGUCCUCCGAGGCAGCCCUCGACCUGUACAAGACCGCCAAGGCCGCUGGUGUGAAGAAUGGCGUCGUCCAGGACAAGCUCUGGCUUCCGGGUCUCGUGAAGCUGCGCACGUUGAUCAACAGCGGCUUCUUUGGCGAGAUCCUGUCUGUCCGGGGCGAGUUCGGCUACUGGGUCUUCGACGGGAUGGGCCCCGUCCUCCCGCAGCGCCCGAGCUGGAACUACCGCAAGGAGGACGACGGCGGCAUCAUCAGCGACAUGCUCUGCCAUUGGCAGUAUGUGAUCCAGAAUCUGUUUGGCGACAUCGAGUCCCUGACCUGCAAAGGCGCCACGCACAUCAAGGAGCGCAAGGACGAGCAGCGCAAGACGUACAAGUGCACGGCCGACGACGCCGCAUAUGCCACGUUUGAGCUGACUAACGGCGUCGUCGUCCACUUCAACUCGUCGUGGGCUGUUAGAGUCCGCCGCGAUGAUCUUCUGACAAUCCAGGUAGAUGGGACGAAAGGGAGUGCUGUGGCCGGGCUGCGAGAUUGUGUCGCACAGCAUGAAAGCCAGACGCCGCGGCCCACCUGGAAUCCGGACAUUGAUUCGCCCAUCAAGUUUUCCGAAGGCUGGUCCCGUGUACCGGACUAUCAGACGUUUGAUAACGCGUUCAAGGUUCAAUGGGAGCUGUUCCUGCGGCACGUUAUUGCUGAUGAGCCGUGGAACCAUAGCUUGCUAGAAGGCGCGAAGGGGGUGCAGCUUACAGAACUGGCCAUUGAAAGUUGGGAGAAGCGGGCGUGGGUUGAUGUACCAAAACUGAGUGACUGA